AUGUUCUCAGCGUGGACCACACGUUCUCCAGGCGGCUCGGUCUUGCGGGACGCUCAUCCAGUGGAGGCCUGGCUGACUGAUGUUCUUGCGGAAGUAGUCCGUCCAUCUGGUCGGUGGGCGCUUGAUGUUUCUCGGAAUCCAGUGUGUUAAUCUCGUGGACCUUUUUCUCGUGGAAAUUCAGUAAGCAAUUCAAAAGUUUCUUCUGAAAGUUUUCAAAAGUUACUGGAUAGUUUAGGGAUCUCCAUUAGAUCCUGUCUGCAUAUUUCUUGCUUCCUUUCAUGGCGGGUUAUUUGAAAAUAUUUUGAAAACUUUGAAAAGAGUAUAAAAUCUUCGGAGGAAGCAGAAAGGAUCUUCUGAGGCUGUGAAAAAGGAGCUUAAAAGACUUCAUCAGUUGAUCCUAAAAAAAUCUUUCAAAUAGCCUAUUCUACGUAAUUUCAGUCUUCUCUCGAAGCAUUGGUCGUAAGUUUGCAAAAAGAUAAAGAAAAGAGUUAGUUCGAUGAGUACAGAAUAGGUUUUUUUUUCAUGAGGGAUGAUUUAUCGUUGACGUGUUAUUUGAACGUGAAAGCUAAAAAAGAAAAUUGUUUCGGAAGAAGUUAAUUUUGAGUUUCCCAAGGAAUAUUCAAGAAACUAGCAUUUUUUCGUUUUGUAAAAUCUGGUUUUCAUAACUCAUAGUGACGAAAUAAUAAUUUCUUCAGCCAAGCUGCUGUUGAUUUUCAGUUUAUUCAAUGCGUCUGUUCCAAAGUUCGGAACCUUUUAUAAACACUCAAGCGUUGGUUUAGUUCAAUGCAUUGCUGUAAGAGAAAAGUUGGAGAUGUAAGACAGCUCAUGAAUUUUCCUACUCGCUUCGCAGAAGAUAAAAACUGCUGAUGUGGCAUAGAGCGGCGUCGCGGGUCUAUGCGCGACCCAUUUUCGUGGCGUCGACUUUUCCAGCAGCCAGUCAACCCAUUCUACCUUCCCUGAAUCCAUCCGCCCACUGAUAAGCUCCAUCCAUUUAUCUAUCUUCGUGUUCGUCGCUUCUUCCACCAGUGCUGAUAUUCAAGCCGAAACACAGGGAAUGCAGGAGAGGGACGUCCGUCAAGGCAUUUAUCCUUGACCUUCUGUUGCGGUGUCUUGGCCUCUUUUCAUAUCGACGCAGUGCAGUUCCUACCGUUUACUUUUCGUGUUUCAUUCUCUCUUGCAUUGGUUCUUGGUGUCCACUAGGAGCUCCUUUUUUGAUAUCAAUCAAAAAAAUUGUGAAGUUCAUCAAAAUUUUUUGAGUAACUUCCAUUGAAAGUACGUCCAUUGAAUUUCCAUUGAAAGUAAAGUACGAAAGUGCGAUGACUUAGAAAUGCUGAUCAAGCCCUUGUGAAAGCGAUGUCAACUCGAUUUUUUGAUCUAUAUUAUAAAGGCAAGCUUAUCAACGAAGAAACUGGUUGUGAAUUACAACUUCCUUCAAACAAAAACCUGACUCUUUUCUCACCAUCUUUUGUUACGAUUGCCAUUAGGUUUGCCGUCUGCGUCGAUUCAAAAAAACGACGACUAUUUCUCCCGAUUACCUAUCGUUUCGUUUCGAGACCCAGUAAGACACGUGUGAAACUUUCUCUCUUAAAAAUAUCAUUUUCAGACUCAAUGGUGAUAUCUCUUUUUCCAAACCUGUUGUUAAAGUUCCACUCAAAAGGGUUUUUUUAUUAUAAUUGGUUUUUUCAAAAAGCUGUUUUCUCAUGAAUCUUCACAUUUUAAUGAGGAUUAUGAGCUUACGCUGCGAAACCACUUGAAAAAGCUUAGGGAAGAAGCUUCGCGAUUUUUUGUUUCACAACUGCAAUUCGCCGUAGCCACAAAUAUAUAUUACCAAUUUCGUAUAGAUAUUUGUAUUUCUAUGUUUCUCUUUAUUCGAUUUUAUUGCCGUUACUCGAACUUCUCAUCUCAACGGAAUUUCAGGUAUGACUGGAGCGCUGCAGCUGGUGUGUCUGGCGGCGACGGUGAGUUUCGCCCUUGCGGCGACUCGCUCGUCUCAGCUCGUCUACCUGACGGAGGAGAACUGGACCGACAUCAUGAAGGGCGAGUGGAUGCUUGAAUUGUGAGCUUUUUCUUAUUGUCAAGAUUGAAAAUGGUGAGAAGGUUGACUAAGAUGGUACUCUUCUCUCCAUCAAUGAAUAACCUCUAUAGGCGGAGCUGGCAUCUGGAUCGAAAUGCAGACCUAUUCUAGUUCUUCCUAAAUAAUUGCACCCUUCUAUAAGAAAAAAUUAGAAGGUUUGGUAUGAAUUAAGAGUUAUCAAUAAGAUCGCAGGUUCUAUCGUAAAUCACUAUAUCUUAUCGAUUAAAUGUAUAAAACCUCGAGGCAGUAGCGGCUUCGCUAGAAAGGUCUUGAUAGGAACCGUCUCCAUGUGCUUUUCUUGAGAUCUGAACGAACCUUACUGUUUGGUGUCUCCGUGAGAUUCGUUUCUUUCAGCCAUGCUCCUUGGUGUCCCGCAUGCAAAGAUCUGCAAAAGGCCUGGAACGCGUUCGCCGAUUGGUCCAAGGACCUCGGAAUAAAAGUUCGUUUCUCUUGUCGGCCUCCUUCCAACGUCUUCUUUUUUUUUAGGUUGGCGAGGUCGAUGUGACCGUGAACCCUGGUCUUUCUGGAAGAUUCCUCGUCACCGCACUUCCCACUAUUUAUCAGUUAGUUUCGAACGAAAAAAAGAGUUUGAAUGAGAAAAAUGACCUUUUUUUCAUAUUUUUUUCGAGGACAUGAUCAUGACUUCAUCCUUUCUAUAAAGUGUUAGAUUUUCUACAAAAAAACUUCACAUCAGAAGUUUUUUUCUUACACCCAGCUACUUUUUUUUAAGUCAAAUUUUUCUUCUCGUAUUUAGGAGAAAUUUCGUUAUAUUUUUUUCAAAAAUUUUUUUACUUCAUGAAACGUUCCGACGAAAAGGAAUAAAGUUUAAAAAAAAAAUUGAAGAUGAUAGAAGCUAAAGUUUUAGAAAAUGUGGGGAAGAAAGAUUUUCUUUUAAUACCUUUCAUUUUUGGAGUUCCGCGGCUCGACAUUUUCACUGACUAGGGAACUACUCGGACUCGGGUAUGCGGAUCGAGCUGAAAAUUUAGUGGUUUAUAGACCUAAGUGAGAAAUUUUUACUUUAUUUUAUAUUUUAAUACAAUCGCGUUGAAUGAUCCGGCUAUGAAAAACUCUAAAAAACUUUUUUUCAGCCAAAAGAAGGAGGAAAGCAAAAAUUUGAUAAUUUUCAAGCCUAAAAAGUUCAUUUUCAAAAAGCUUUUUCUCAGAAGCCUAUGUUGAUUAGCCGAUAAUUUCUCUUGUUUCCAAGUACUCUUACCCGGGUCUAUAAGCCACCAAAGUUUCAAUUCGAAACGCGUACCCGAGUCCGAGUAGUUCCCUAGUGAGAAGGCAUGAAAAUUUUUAGAAGGCGUGCGUUAAUUUUUGCAGAAAAAUCUGAUAGCCGGAAGCUUAUAUAAGUUAUAUAGUAACUUCGAGCGGUUGAAAUUAUCCCAAAUAAAUGGCCUUAAAAAUUGGACAAAAGUUGACUAAACCGAGUAUUUCAGCGUGAAGGACGGUGUUUUCCGGCAGUACGUUGGCCCACGAGAUAAGAACGAUUUCAUUUCUUUCAUUGAAGACAAAAAAUGGCGUGUAAUUGAGGCCGUCCCUGACUACAAACACCCCAACAGCCGACAGUAUGUUUUGGAUUUUUUGAGAAACCAUAUCGUUCUUAUCUUACAAACAUAUUAUCUUUCUAAUAGAUGGUUCGGAUAAUUUCCAUCCACUUGGUUCAAAAUCUUCCAAUAGCCUUUUCAGGAGUAAAUUUAAUAAUAUUUGAUGCGUGCUGACGUUAAAAAACUGUUGCAGAAUGGCUGUGGUCGCAGUUUUCUUCAAGAUGUCGAUGGCGGUCCGCGACCUGCACAACCACUUGAUCGAAGAGAAAGGAGUUCCGUCUUGGGCCAGCUACGGCCUUUUCGCCGGCGUCACCCUCGCCCUCGGCUGCGUCCUCGGAUUCGUCAGUUUUUCUCAAUCCUUCGGAAUGAAAUUUUCGUUUCCAGCUAUAAUUUCUCUUUUUGUCUCUCUUCAUAUCUUUCACUGAUUAUCAAGUUUCAGCUGAUUGUUCUUGUCAUCGACCAAGUAUUUCCCACUGGAAACCGCAGAACGACCCCAGCUACUAAGCAAAACGCACCCAAAAAAGCAUCAGGAUCAAACUCGAAAGGUUAAUUGUUCCCAUUUCGAGCUUUCCAAGAACAAUUUUUUUUUCAGAACAAAACGGAGAAUCCAAGAAGGGAAACAACAACAAUAAUAAUAACAACGACGCAAAAGAGUCAAAGAAGGCUAAAUAACUCAAUUCCUCGACAUUCGUGUGCUUUUUUUUCUCAGAUUGGUUGCUUUCACUUGUUUGCUGUUGAAGUCACUUAUUUAUAUGGGUUUCUGUUAUUUUUCAUUACUUUUAAUUGAUAUGCCGAUGGAUGGAGAGAGCAUGAAUAAUUUCGUGUAGAAAGCCGCCUUUAAUGGGAAAAGAUAUCGAUCAGCCGCUGUGCAGCACCCACACAUGGCACCGCCUUACUCUUGUCCCCAGCUCUUCUUUUUUUCUCAUUCUUCUCAUUCUAUUCGCCUUUUCCAGAUAUUACCUGAGUGAUUAAUACAUUUUAUUUAACAUAAUAAAUUAAUUUAUCAAGAUCUUUUUUUUAUGCUUUUUCAAAAAUAUUGUACUCAGGAAACCAUGGCUUCGGAAUGGCUUCCUCUCGAGUCGAACCCAAAAGUCAUUAACGAGGUUUUGAAUGGUCUUCUUCCUAAUCAAACCUCGAUUCAGUUCUUGCGUCAAAUCGGAGUUUCCGGAGUCGAAACCAUCGACGUUUUGUCUUUCGAACAGACGGUUCUGUCCGGCGCCAAGUCGCCAUUCGCUGUUCUUAUUUGCAUUCCAAACUACAAAAGGGUUUUCGUUUCAUUUUGUUCACAUGAGUGACCAGGCAAAUUUCAGGUGGGCGAACUCAUGACGCCUAUUUUUGAGGAGUUGAAAAAAAGAGGGUCACGACAAAGUGACAAAAGAUGUCUUUUUUUAUGCAACAGGUUUUUUGAGUAAAAAAAAUUAUUUUUUUCAGAGUAUUAAAAACGCUUGUGGCUGCUUUUCACUUUUCCAUGCCUUGGCAAACAUAGAAGACAAAAUUCAAACAGGUGGAGCGCUUCGAAUGAAAUCUCAUAAAACGAAUAGUUUCAGGAAACGGCUUGUUUAAUAAUUGGCUUCAAAAAGCGAAAAGCCUCAACGCUCAAGAGCGAUCUGAUCUACUUGCAAAUGGUAAUACAUGUUUUUCACUUCAACUCCUGCAUUUGGUAUAGUUGACUCCUGGCCUAAGAAAACAUUCAAUGGGGUCUCAAAACGAUCAGCGCAAUAAAUGGCAAAAAAAUAAAGUUUAGAAAUUUCAGUAGUUUUAAUUUUAAUGCUUUUCUAGGGAAUGAUGGAAUGUGUAAAUAGAAGUAAUAACCAGUAUUCAUAUAAUCCUUUUCCAUUUUUCAUUUUUUUUAAUGAAAUUGUGUACACGUGUCGAAAGAGGCAAAUUUUUAAAGAUUCUGGAUUGGCGAAGGCCUACGAAACUGCUGCCAAGGCAGGGGAAUCUUCAGUAGCGGAGAAUCCGGAACAUCACUUCAUAUGCUACGUCAACAAAGGAGAAAACCUGUACGAAAUUGGUAAUUUUUCCGUACUUGAAAAAAAAAAAUGAAUUACUUCUUCAAGAUUCUCGAGCUCCGUUCCCGAGAGACUUGGGUCACACCAACGAGGAGGAAAUUGUCUUGGACGUUGGUGCCGCCUGCCGAAAUCUAAUUGAGAAACUCGACGACGUUUCUUUUGCCGCUUUGGCUAUUGUUCCUAAAUAAUUCUCUGUAAUUUUAUUGGGAUUUCGUUGCGUCAAGACAUCCUUUUCACUUCUUCCUUCCGAUGAAAAGUUCUUGAAUAAUAUUUUAAAGGUUCAAUCUGAGCUUAACGUGAUUUUUAUUCAAACUUUCUGAAGUUAUUUUCGCGCCAACGAUACUCGCCUUUGUUAAAUGAGCUUGCUGGUAGUUGAUUCAUAUUAUGGUUUUAUAUACAAUGCUUGGUAACUGUCUGGUACAUUUCUGCAUACUGUUUUUUGCUUGGUAUAAACUUUUAAACAGAUUAUUCUGAAUUUUCUUUUCCCGUAACCUUGUCGGCUCGUUUCAAAUCUUGAUAACAAAAGUUGAAGAAAUUUUGCAACGAAUAUAUUAGAUGUCGAAAGUUGUGUGGCAAGCAUUGGAGUCAAAUCCGGAAACAAUAAAUGCGGUGAGAAUAAUCGAAAUUCAAUUGAUUUCUCUGUUCAGUUCAUGAAGAAAAUCGGCGUCUCCGGCUUGGAAUGUGUCGACGUUUUUUCUUUCGACGAAGACAUGCUCGCCUUCAUUCCGAAACCUCAGCUUGCUAUGAUUCUAUGCUUCCCGAGUGACGAGGUAUAACUCGAAACUAAUUAUUUUCAAUUCAAAACAGCUUACUGAGAGUUAGCAGGUAAUAAUAGUUCGAAAUAACGUCAAAACGGCUUUUCAUUUCUUUAUGAACCAAAAAUAAAAUUUUAAGAAUUUUUCAAUGCUCACUUAAUGCUCCAAAAAUAUUUUGUGUAUCUUAUGUACGAUUAAAGAAAUGUGAAAAUUAAUAUGUUCUUUUUUCAGGCUGCCGAUUUCCUGUCAAAACGCUAUGAAGAAGUUAAGAAGUCCGGAGAACGUACUGGAGACGUUUUCUUUAUGAAUCAAGUGAAAUUUUUUUGUUAUUAAAGUGUUGAGUUUAAUUAAAUAGAACAUUGGUAACGCGUGUGGCACUUUCGCAUUGUUCCACUCAUUGGCUAACUUAGAGAAUCGCAUUAACCUCGGUAAAAAUAAGAUUAUUUGAAGCAUUGAUAUCUGAAUGUUUUAGGCAACGGUAAAUUCCGAAAAUGGCUGGACAAAGCUCGUCUUCUAAAGGAGGACGAGCGUUCUGAUCUACUUGCCGAAGGUUCGACUUUUUGACUGUAUAUGUUUACAUAUGCAAAGUCGGAAAGGGUGGAAAAAGGCUUCAAAGAAAGGCUCCUUCUCGGGUGAAAAAAUUUUCUUUUUUGCUGCCUUUUACGCCAUUUCAUCGACUAUUAUGCACCAUUUUUGUUGCUUCUCCUUUUUUGCACCAUUUCUUAAGCCUUUACAAUCCCGGGAAAAAAAAAUGGAAGGCUCGAUGAAGGGACUCUCUUUGCUGUCUUUUUGCUGCCUUUCUGUGAAUUUUUUUGAGACUCUCCCUUUUAGAGGCCAUUAUCCACCAUUCCGACUUUGCCCGAGUUUUUAUAUAUUAACACUAAUGAUAACUGCCGCGUCUGGCGCGAGAUAAAUGUGAGGUCGGUGGCGGUACAUUGACGGACUCGCAAAGAUCUCGCUGUGUCCUUUUUUGAAGGCACAUGAAAUCGAGUGAGACAAAAACGAUUUCUCGCCGAGGACUUUCUGAAUACAAUUUUUUUCGAAACAUGAUAGUUUGUCAAGUUUUUUUUAGAUACGGAGCUUGCUGCAGCCCACGAAGAAACUGCCGAAGGAGGAGAGACAGACCAACCGGACGUCGUCGAAUAUCAUUUCAUUACUUAUGUCAACAAGAACGGAGUGCUCUACGAGAUAGGUUAGUUUUUUAACCUGAUGCUCUUCACAAACAAGUUCAGACUCGUCGGCUCCGUUCCCACGACCUCUGGGAACCACGACUGACGAAACGUUGGUGCAAGACGCGGCGAAAGCCGUCAAAGAAAUCAUGGAGCAAGUGAAGCAGCUGAGUUUCUCCGCCAUGCUCCUGGUCGGCAAGGACGUCUGA